CAAGAUUUGUUGUAAUGGUGCACAGGCGCUGGAUUUUCUGUGAGAGCGGCGAGGAUCCAAACUUCAGGAAGGAGCACUACGAGUACACCCAAAGCCAGCACCGAUAAUUCCAAUCCAAAAAAGUCCAUU